AUGAUGAAAAUUUCACUGAUAAUUACAUUAUUGUUAUCACUGUCAACCGUUUGCACAAUAUUGGACACUUCACGAGCCAUAUUUUGGUUGACUAGUAAAUUGGAAAAUAUCGAAUGGCGAAAAGGUUGCUUAACAACAGCUGGCUGUGCACAGCCACGAUUUCAACUAGCACUUUUAAAUGUUAUCACUAAUGAAAAAUUAUCGAAAAGCUGGCUUAUUACACCAAAACUUAUGCAGGAAAGGCAACGUAUAUACGUUACACAUUGGAGUGACGGCAAUCCGAGUGAUAUUCAAAUUUCGUGUGAAGUUAUAGGUGUGGAUCCAACUUAUGGAUUUCCAAGAAUUUGCGACUCGUCCACUUCAGUCAACAUUUAUGAAAAUGAAGAGAAGAAAAGAUUGCAAGAAAGAUCUGACAUAAUAUCAUCAGACAUUGAUGGCAAAAUUUUCAUCAAAUUAACUGCUCGAUGUUUCAAUAGUUCAAUAAUUAUUGAAAAACAUGAAGAACGUUGUCCCUGGUGCAUUGAAUAUAGUGAUGAUACUGUGAUCAAUCAACAGUAUCCGGAAGAUUUGAAAUCCGGUUUUGUACAAUUUGUUGGAAAUGAAAGUCAUCUGAAUAUCCUAUUGACAGCAUUUGCAUUGACAACAGCAUUGAGUAGCGCACUUUGUGCAUUCACCCUUUAUCUUUAUAUUCGACAGAAGAAAAGUCGAGAUUUAUCAGCCAGAAAGUGUCAACCACGCGGUGAAAUAGGCGCACCGCAUAUAAUGCAUAUUGAAUCACCUAAUGGUUUAGCUGAAAAUACCAGGUAUGACAUCCCAUGGGAUCGUAAGUAUCGUCCGUUACCGCGAUGGACAAGCUCCAGAAGUAAUUCCAGCGGUGCAUCACCGCCGGACACGUCUUCCACAUUUACCACAUCAUCGCAACAUUCAAAACCAACGAAAGUUAUCGUUGGAAGUAUGUUGCAUCAAAUAGAUUCGCCAAAUUCGUCCAUUUACGAAAGGCCUGAAGAAAGCAGUUUGGGAUGUGUGUGA